AUGGCGCCCUCAACCCACGAUACCGACCUGAUCACCAAAAUAACCUCCAACGCAUCCCACUCCUCAAUCGACCUAACCACCCUCCCCUUCCACCAAGAAGCCCUCACCUCCAUCGCCGCCCUCUCAUCCCAACUCCCCGCAACAUCCCUAGACUUCUCCCGCGCCACGAAAAUCGACACGCACACGCACCCAAUCCCCCCCUGGUUUCGCGCCCUCGAACCCCUCGCCGCAGGCCGCGCAACGCCUGAAUGGAACAUGUCUGCACACGUCGAAUUCAUGGCAUCCCGGGGGAUAAAGCGGAGCAUGUUGAGCGUGUCGACGCCGCAAGGGAAUGCAUUUACUCACAUGACGGAUUCCUCCGAGAGGCGGGCGAAGACCAUCGCCUUGGCGCGUCUGCUGAAUGAGUACGUCGCGGAAGUAUGUCGCCUGCUGCCGGGGCGGUUUAGUUGGCUGUGCGUGACUGCGCUGCCCUAUGUAGAUGCGAGUAUUGAGGAGGUGAGGUAUGCGAUCGGGGAGCUUGGGGCGGUGGGCGUCGCGGUGUUGACGAAUGCUGAGGGGAGGUAUGUUGGUGAUGAGGAGAAUGAUGGGCUGUGGGGGUAUUUGGAUCGGAGGGGGAAGGGGGAGGUGGUGUUUGUACAUCCGACAGAGCCGGUCAUUAGGCUUGAGGAUGGGAGGGUGGUGGGUUCGAGACCUUGUGAGUACUAUAUUGAGAACGUGAAAGAUGGGAGCGUUAAUCUCGAUACAAAAGCACCUCUACGCUCUGGUCUGGGAGAAUUCUACUUCGAGACUGCGCGCGCGAUAUCGAGCAUUACGGCCAACAAGACGAUUACGAAGUUUCCAAAUUUGCGCUGGCGUGUAUCGCACGGCGCAGGCGCUUUCCCAGAUAUUUCGGAGCGGUUUCUACUGGGCUUUCCCGAUGUGGCGGAGGAAGCGAGGAAGGCCUAUAAACAGCGGUUCUGGUACGACAUUGCUGGACCUGUGUUUCCAAACCAAGUCAAAGGCUUAACCGAGGGUAUGAAGAUACCAAUAAGCCAGAUGGUCUUCGGGACGGAUUAUCCGUACGGAAUUGGCUUCUGGGACGUUGAUGCCAAUAUUGCUGGCCUGACUGAAGCCGAGUUCCUCACCGAAGAAGAGAAAGAAGGCGUAUAUUGGCGCAAUGCGAAGGCUCUGUGGGGAGACAGGAUCGAUUAG